AUGACUUCCGGCAGGAAACCAUCUGGUUUCCGCGCCGGAAACCAAGAUCUGGUUUCUGCGCGGAAACCAGAUGGGAUGAAUGAAAGUGUGGAAUUAAUUAUUCAUCACGGUGGUAAUUUUGUGAAAAAGCCUCAGUUAAAAUAUUUGAAUGCUUUAAAACUACUUCAUAAUGAUGCUAGUAGUCUGCACUUAGCUCAGAUUGCUAGGGAAAAUAAAAGGUGUGAGAUUUAUGUUGAACAUGGGCUAGAUGAGCCUGAUGUGGUUGCUUUAUCUUUACCUGGGCCUGAGGCAGUAUUAGGGGGUGUGGGAGGUGGGGCUGAGGUUGAAUAUGAUGCAGAAUUAGGGGGUGAGGAAGGUGGGGCUGAGGUUGAAUAUGAUGAAGAAUUAGGAGAUGAGGCUGAUUCUGAGCAGAUUACUAAUAGGGGGGACAAGAGGAAAAGGAAAAUUAGACUAGAUGAGGAAUCAAUACCACCUUAUGUGUCAACAUCUGAAAAUCCCUUAGGAGAUGAGGCUGAUUCUGUAUAUUAUGAUUCAGAAGAUCCACCAACAGUUGAAGAAGAUUUGGAAAAUGAGGAAGGAAAUGAGGUGCAAUCAAAGUACAAUGCUAAGUACCCUAAGUUUAACGGUAAAGCAGAUCCACCCUUUAUUCAAUUAGGUAUGUACUUUGAUGAAAAUGUGCAAUUCAAGUUGGCUAUGAUUAGUUAUGCUGUACACACAAAGAGGGAUCUUUUUUGGAAAAAGAAUCAAUUGGAGUAUGUUAGGGUUGAGUGUUUGGGAAAGGGUUGUGGUUUUCAUGUUAGUGCAGGGUGGGAAGAGAGAUGGUACAGCACGUCAUGAUCUUAACAAGUACCCUAUGCAGUUCUGGUGCAAAGCAUUCUUCAAAGAUGAAGUUAAAUGUGACUUGGUGGACAACAAUUUGAGUGAGGCAUUCAACAAGACAUUGUUGAAAGCAAGGUCAAAGAAUAUUAUCCCAAUGCUAGAAGAUAUUAGAGUUUAUAUUAUGAAGAGGAUUGCAAAGAAGAAAGCGGCAGCUGAAAGAUGGAGUGGCAAUUAUGGGCCAUGUGUGCUGAAAAAACUGAACGAGAACAUACUUGGCAGUGCAAACUGGGAAGUUGUCUACAAUGGAGCUGAAGGAUACGAGGUGAAAAAGGGAAGCUUUCAAUUCAAGGUGAAUUUAGAGUUGAAGACUUGUUCUUGUAGACUUUGGCAGCUGAUUGGUAUGCCAUGUUCUCACUCUAUUUGUGCAAUA